AUGGCACGAUUGCCUAUAUCUGAGAAGGACGCCAUGUUGAAGAAAGGAAAGAAAGAUAAAAAAGUUGAAAGUGAAGAGAGAUGGCAAAAGAAUAGCAGCGGCGAUGAAAGAAAAAUGCGACAGCAAAUACCGACUUCAGAAACAAAAGUGGAGAAGCAAGCUAAUGCAAAGAAUAAAACACUAAGCAUUGCUAUGGUCGGUGCCAGCAGCGCUGCCGUAGAUGUAUCAUCGGGAUCAUCACACGAUUCGUGUGUUGAACAUGAACAUAAUCAGCGAAAAAUGGAAAAAUUUCUGAAAUCUAUUACAAAGUUCAUCUAUCAUGACAGUUAUGUAUGUAAUCGUACUAUAAGCGCAUGGAUUAUUACGAUCUCAUAUUUGCUGUGCAUAUACAUUUCCCUUGCGUUACUAGUGACUGCAACCAUAUAUAUGAUGUUAUACAGCACCCGAGAUGCACCAGUAUACUAUGGCGAAACUACUUUCAUUGGUGGUGUACCAGGAAUUGGCUUUGAGCCCCGAAAGCGAAGCAUGAAAAAAGAACAAAAUGUUUUCAAAUGGAAUACUAAUGAUCCAACAUCAUAUGCUUUUUAUGUACGAAGGUUGCGAAGAAUUCUGUACGGGUAUGCCAAGAUGGAAAUGAUGCCAAGCAAAUUCAAAAUGGAUUGCAAGAAAACAGUUGUUUCUCACAUGGGUGGAAAGCCAAUAAAACAUUUUUGCAAAACAGACGUAACCAACACAGACGAGAAUUACGGUUACGGUGCUUGUGCUUUAAGCAGGGAAGUUUUUUGUUUUUUUCAAUUAAAUACUAAGUUCGGAUACGAUAUUGGUACACUGUGUGUUAUGUUACGUAUAAAUAAGUUAUUCGGAUAUUAUCCAGAACAACCAACAUAUGACUUAUUUACUAACAGUUCGCUAAAUUUUGAAACAAAUAGAACAUGUGGUCAAGUGCCGAAUGCAACAGUCUGCUGCAGCGACGACCAAAUGUUGUUUCAAUGCUCACUCAUGGAAGAGAAUGGAAAUGUAACGAUAGUGCAAUACCCAAAAUUUGGUUAUCCUUAUUGCUUUUAUCCAUUCAAUAACCAAAACGGUUAUAUGCAACCAUUUAUCAUGAUUCAGUUGUUCAAUUUGAUACCGAAUAAAAAAACUGGGAUAAAAUGUGUGCCAACAGCACCGGACCUUCGAGGAAGAUCACUCAUUCUGUGGUUCGAAAUUACAGCGAAAAGGAAACAUUAA